AUGAUUGUUCCCUUCGUUGGUAUCUUUUUCGCCUUGGCACUUUGGGGUUCUUGGUUCCGCGUCCCCGGGAUCUCGGAUCCUAAUGAGCCUUUCAUGAAGAGGAUCGCUGGGGCUUUCGAGUUCGUCGCAGGCAACAAGAUAGCCUACGAAAUGCUGGAGCAUAUCUCCAGGUACACCAAGUCUGGGCACGAUGGCGUGUAUGUCCGCCACGACGUCCUGGUCGUGGGACGGGACUACGUAGACUUCUCGAAUCGGACGACGGUCAACCUGGAUCUCCGGCUGGCCAUUUGGGAUGAGGCCUUCAAGGCAUCUUCGCCCAUAUUGCCCGUGCAGACAAUCUGCAACGUGCUCUUCUCGCUCCUCGUCUUCGGCUUGGUCUUUGCGGACAUCGUCUCCUCUCACGAUAUUUACGCACUGCGGGCUCGUGUCAUGAAGACCUGGGUGUCCAUGAAGUUUUUGGAGGACCAGCCCAAGGUUCGCCUUGUGGAGGGCCGGACUCUGUCUCUGUACGAGGAGACAGAUCUCCUGGCGGGUCCGAUGAAGGACGCAGACGGGAUCUUCUUCGGGUCGUUCGUCGACGCCUGCACCGGCCUCGUGGUGAUCGUCGCGCCGUGGGAGUUCCGGACCGUGCACCUCGCCCAAGAGGUGGCCAAGGCUAUUCGCCGCCUGGAACUCCGACGGUUGCUCGGCGUGAGCCCCGGGUCGGAGGUCAUCGUCAAAGCUGCCGAAGACCUCUUCACACUUUCUCUGGCUUCUGCGGCCACGGCGCCCGAUGCAGCUGCCCCCAAGCCCUGCCCAUCGUCUGGUACGUUGGUCCGUCGAUGCCCGGAGUCUCUGCCAUCCUUCCGGGUGGUCCAGCUUGCGAGCGCUUUGGUAGCGAGCUGGGAGAGACGACAUCCAGAGAUGGCAGAGGUGACGGAUGAGCGCGCUGACCGCGCCACGAACCCACAAGGAUCGAAGCGCAAGCCUCGCCCGAGCCAGGCGAAGAGACGGCGCCAUGCACGUCGGGCUCUCCGCGAGAAGCAGGAGGAACUGAUCCGGGGGUUUGAGGAGGAGGGAUCAGCCUCUCCUGCUUGGGGGGUUCAGUCGGCGUCGCCUUCGAACCUGGCGGCAAAGAUGCCGCAGGGCAAGGUCUCGCAAUGGGGUCCAGGGUUCGGAAAGCAAAUGCGGCCCGGUUCUCUGUACCCGGCACCCAUGCCUCCGAGCAUAUAUCCAUCUGCGUAUGGCAACAUCCCCUCGCCGUACGUCAACCAGUACCCUCCCUUCGCGGGGUCUUAA